AUGCUCAACCGGAGCUUUAAUGGGCCAGAGAGGGGGUCUACCGUCUCCUCGUCCGUGCCUCUGAGGCAGAAGCACCAGCACCACCCCCAGCAACAGCAGCCGCCGAGAGGGCGUACUCUGGGCGCGGUGAUAAAGGAGAAGGAUGAGGAGCUUGCUCUCUUCCUCGAGAUGCGCAAACGCGAGAAGGAGCGCCAGAACAGCCUUCUCCUCAACAAUAACUCUGAUGAGCUCGAUACUCUGCCAGGUAAACCUGAUCAAUCCACCUUCAUCAACCCACCUUACUGAUAACGGUGACACUGCCCCUCUUGAAGAUCGGGAGUAGCACAAGACUCCCGUCAUCCUGUUGCUUCUUUUCCUCCAAUCUUUCGAGCAAGACAACGUCAUUUUGGCGCAUCUUUAAUUCCAUGUUCCUCUUCCCUGUUGCAGAUUCAAAACCAGGGAGUUCUCCGAUAUUCAAGAUUGUCUCGUCUGUUCCAACACGACGGACUGGGGCUGAUGAUUUCCUGAAUUCAGACAACAAUAAGAACGAUUAUGACUGGUAAAGAGGGGAGGAUUGGUUCGAUCUUUGGAAUUCCCAGUUAGGAAAACAACUGGCUUACCAUCUUAAAAGUCUAACUUUGGCCCGUUGUUUGUGAAUCAACUUCCAAUUUCUUGUCGCUGUUAACCUUUGAUAUACCUAUAUUAGCUGCUUCAGUAUGCAAUGUUUAACAUUGUUGAUGUCAAAGAUCUGCGCCACACAGAAGACAAGUAGAUGUGGGAUUCAGGAGGCUGACCUGACGUUUGAUACACCACCACAUAGUGCCGCUGGUAUGUUGAAAGGCAUUGUUGGACCUGCACGCUAUCUGUUCGGCCAAGUGAAGGAAUUAGUGGGGAUGUCUCUCGUGGGAGCACCAUGAUGCACGAAUCGGAAAGGGAGUGGAAGGCUGGUUUGAGGGACAGGCUGAUGGAGAGUUGUGGAGAUAGUGCAUACACUUUCAUUCUUGUGGGGUAUUUUCUUGUACACCCACCUGAGAGGUCAUGUUUGAGCUGUCAUUUGAGUGAGAGAGAGACACCAUUACGUUGGUAGGCUUGACCCUUGAAACCUUUAUAGACUUGAGAGUCAUGGUCUUACAGCCUCUUUUCUUUGUUAAGGAGAACUUCCAUGGUUAACUCCUAUGUCUUUUGCUUAAUUUGGAACUUCUAAAUAGUCCUCACUAUUAGAUUCUGGCAAUGGCUAGAAACAUGGGUAUCACUUUGUCAUGUGAACCAAUCUUCUUGUUCGCUGUUUUUGGCUCUUUUCUGGUCUGGAUAAAGUCCGACAGAGAUAAACAAACUCCCCAAGAGCCACGAUAGCUUGUUCUUUUGUCUGGGUUGAUAUUCAGGGAACUUGAGGUGAUGGCAAUGUCCUGGGGAGUCUAUAUCAUUUAAUUGGAACCUUGAUGUCUCAUAGUAGACGAAGAUUAUUCUAUAAUGCGUUUGCACAUUCCACCUUCUUGUCUUGAGCGAACGAUAGAGAUGGGGUAGCCAAGGCACAAAGUUCCCAAGAUCUGAUGCUAUGUCAAUUGAUCGGAUCAUCUAAAGAAUAGUGACAUCUCACACUUGCCAGUUAAGAGCUGAGGAAGAUAUUGAGUGGAGAAAGAAAGGAAGAAAGGAAGAUUGAUGCUUCAGGCCCUUAGUUCCCACCUACUGCCGACUAAAAGUUUCCCAAUUUUAUGGGAUUGGGGUUGGGUUUGGGUAGGUCGUUGGAGAUUAUAUAGAGUCUGGUUUUUGGUGAAAAAGUUUCCGCUGAUCUUUGUUUAUAAUGAUAACCGUUUUUAAUAAAUACUCGCUUUUGAAUUUUCAGAAAUAAAUUUUUCACCUGAAUUGGCCAUUUUGCCCAAAUCCGUCAAUUUGGAUUGGAUUUGAUUGCAUUGCACAUAACGGCUACCUCUCCUGUACCUACUUUGUCUCCCCUCUCGUGUGAUCUUCUCACUGGUUGCACCGAUGUUGGCAGUUGUAUUGGUGGUUGCUCUCCCUUUUGCCUGCAGAGGUAGCUCGACGUUACCCCGUCCAAACUUCCUAAUAGGACAUGCCCAAAAAAAUGUAGAAAUGCAAAUAUCAAUAUUUGGAAUGUAAAAUUUCUAUCUUUUUUCUAAUGUCAUUUCUCACAUCAAACAAUGGCAUGGUAGGACCAGCUCUCCCUGCCGCAAGAAGUGCAGUUUUUUGAUGAUUUAUACCGUGGUUAUCUAUAUAUGUCGAGCAUUUCAUUAUCUUUGGAAACUUAUUAGGCACGAAAUCGAUUGAUAUAAGUUCUGCAGCAUGCUGCUGUUGUGGCUUUUCACCGAUAUGCCCUUUUGAUGGUUUGUUCAUUUGUUGAAUGUUUUUGUCCUGAUAAUUUCUGCAACUCCAAAUGUGCAACCACAUUAUAUCUUAUUUUAUUGAGUUACCUCUAUUUGAUGCAUUCUGUUGUAGACUGCUAAUAGCAAUUUUGCUUUUCUCACUUGUGGUAAUAUUCCAAAUUCAGGCUUCUGACACCACCAGGAACUCCUCUCUUCCCAUCCCUGGACAAAGAGACACAGAGGUCACCUGUUGGUCAUAUCGGAACUCCAAAAACUCGUCCAACUAUGCUCAAAUCUAGGGUGAGUAAAUAAGAUGAACUUCUUUGUCAUGUCUCCUGCUGCAGUUCAUGAAUAAUAGCAGUGAGGUUUCUUUGGGGCCACUGCUGGAAAAAUGAUCAAGACUGAAAUCUCAUUUUAGUUUGUUAAAUGCCGUAGAAUAUUGAUCUAUUGUGUUCACAGCUAUGUACUAGUUCUUGUGAAUAAACUUAACUUAAAAUGUCUUAUACACUAAAGGAAUGUGUGCUACUAGAAUCGCAUUUUAAUUUAACGUUCAAAUCUUUUGAAUUUACAUAACAAUUGACUUAAUUACUCUUGUUUGAGGGAAUGCAAGCUUGCACUCUCUUCGGAUGCUCUCCUAUGCUGCUGGUCCAUUCUUGUUAGACUAUGGUGAACUUUGCGCAGUUAUGGUCGAAUUUUUUGACUUUCUUAGAUGUAGAUAUGAUCAAUACGGCAAUAUGACAAAUGACAAAAAAUGAAAAGAGAUUAUGUGCCCCCAUCGCAUCUGGGGAGGUUGUGUCAUUCUAUGUCCAUUCUUGUCUAUGCUGCGUGCUACAAUAUUUUCUGCCCAUCCUAAACAUUUUUGUCCUCUUCCUGGGCCUCCUACCACGUUGUGUGGAGACUCAUCAUCACAGUUGGUGGCUAUGGAUGCAACGUCCUUUUACAUGGGUUCCUUCAACUUUUAAAACGUUUUUUUUUUUACCAGUUUUGGUCUCUUGUAGUCACUCGUUGCGCUAACAGGAGUAGUGGGUAAUUGACAGAACUUGGCGCGGUGUGUGUGUGUGUGUUCUAUUUGGAACAACAGAUUUCGUCUAUCAUUCCUUCAAAUAGCAAUGGCUUUCAAAGAAUCUGUAUUUUCGAGUAAAUUAAAAGCGUAAAUCUGAUGCCCAUGAGUCCUGCUGUCAUUCAUCUGAGGUGAACAGCGCGCAUAUAGUGUGUUUUCUUGCUGAAACGAGAAUGCAUUUGUCGGCGACCUUGCAUUGUCAAGAUCCCCUAGAGAUUGCCAACUAAACACCAACUUCCCAGUUGGUCGCUUGCUCCCACAGCCCAGGAGGUUUUUGAGUGACCCCGAAACUGUGCCUCCAGGAACUGCUGGGAAGGGGUGGCACGGGGGGCUGAGGGUUGUAUGAUUCAGUUCAGCAGCCUGGAUUGGGUGGCAUCUCUGUUCUUGGGUAACGAAAAAUAAACAGAUGGUCUGGAUAUGAUUUCGAAGUUAGGAAGGUCUGCUUUUGGUUUCACUGAAAAAAAAAUCUUGUUUUUUUAUAUUAUUAUGAUUAUUGCAGAAGCCCGUAGAGUUAUUUUUGCUUCCUUCUUGCCUUUUAAAUAUUUGUUUCUUCUUUGUUCGCCAAACUUGUUCUCUGGAUUGAUAUAGACCGAUGCAUCACUUGCCUCUGCCUUCCUGCUAAUCUGACCCGACCCUAGAGCGGCGGCCCGCGUGGGGUUGGUGCGCACAUUUUUGGCCCGGCCUCUCAAGCGGCCUGCGUGGCAGUUCGCUCCCAUCAGAUUCUGAUAAUUCAGAAGGAUCUCUCGCGUUGGUGGGGGGUCUGCCCAGAUAUGGCGCCAAUCCCGAGCGGGCCAGGACUGCUUCGUUGUUGCAGUAAAUCUAGUAUAGUUUAGUUUAGUUUAGUUUAGUUUAAUUUAAUUUGGGCUUCGCUCGGAUUUCUAUCGCCGUGCCAUGAGACCGCCUCUCCCAUCAAUCAAAUAAAUUCUCUUCUACUCGCCGCUAUGUUUCUCUCCCUCUGCUGCUGGCUGGCUGGCUGCUUAAACUGUUCUGGAAUUCGAUGGCUGCAGCUGGCUGAUCCUCAGGAAGCGCCUACCCGAGUGGGCGCGGUUGUUUCCAGGCACCCGAUCUCUUCCUUGGGCGCAGGCGCCGCUGGAGUGGGAAACCGACGGCCUUCAUCAUCGGGGGGUCUCAGUCUCAGCUCAGUCUCGUCCAGGCCAGCAACGCCGACCGGACGCCCCGUGCACCCACCCGCCGUCACUUCUUCAAGGCCCUCUCGUUCCUCGACUCCCACUUCGCGGGCGAGCAUCACCUCAUCAACAAGGCCGGCGGCGGCUGCUCCCCCGAGAUCGUCCACCCCGGCCGCCGCCAGAUCUUCUACGCCCACUUCCAUCCGGUCUUCGUCCGCAGCAGCAGCAGCAGCAGCAGCAGCGGGAGCACCGAGCAACCCGUCCUCGUCGAGGAGGUCCGCCACUCCUACUGCCACUGCACGACGGGCAUCGGGGCCCCCCGCCGCCGUUGUUCCGAACUCCAACUCCAACUCCUCCGGCGCGAAGUCAGCGCCGACGCCCACGCGAUCCUCCUCGGUGACCAGGAGGAGUUCGGCGCCGGCAACCAGGAGCUCGGUGCCGUCAACCAGGAGCUCGGUGCCGUCGCCGCGGGGGCCUUCUCCGACUGUGAGAUCCAGACCGUGGAAGCCGUCGGAGAUGCCCGGGUUCUCCCUCGACGCGCCCCCGAAUUUGAGGACCUCCAUGCCCGAGAGGCCUUCCUCGGCGUCCCGCGGCAGGCCCGGGGGGGCGCCUGCUGCUCGUUCGGCCUCCGUCGAGGCGACCGCUCGUCUUACUGGUGCUGGUGCUGGUGGCGGCGGCAGGGGGAGGCGUCAGUCCUGUUCCCCUUCCCGGGGGAGGGCUCCCAACGGCGUCGCCGCCGCCCCCGUUCGCAGCGGCGGCACCUCCAUCCCUGCAGUGACCCGGUCGAACGCCAGCGGUGGCGGGGGCGACGGCGUCAGCCCGGUGCUCAUCGGGAGCAAGAUGGUGGAGAGGGUCGUCAAUUUGAGACGGCUCGCUCCCCCGCGACGUGACGAGCAUGGGGGAUCUUCCAAGGGCUGCACCGGCGGGAAGUCCUCGUCGUCGCCGGAUAGCUCGGGCUUCGGGAGGAACCUCUCCAAGAAGUCUCUGGACAUGGCGAUGCGGCACAUGGUAAGCCCCCCCCCUCCCCCCAACUCCCCCGGGAGCUGGAGCUGGAUUGUUCUUUUAAGCUUAACGACCAUGAUGGAUCGAUGGAUGGAUGGAUGGUGGUGUGCUUCAGGACAUACGGCGGAGCAUCCCGAACAGCCUGCGCCCGCUGAUGACGAAUAUUCCGGCGUCGUCCAUGUACAGCGUGCGGUCGUCGGGGUCCACUGGGAGGACCAGGGCGGUGGGCGUGUCCGACUCCCCCCUCGCCACCAGCAGCAACGCCAGUUCCGAGCUGAGCGUCAGCAACGUCCGCUGCCUGUACGGAAGCGAGGUGGAUGACGAUAAGGAGACGAGAUCCUCUUCCUCUUCCUUCCCUCCCCGCGGCGGUGAUACGACCUGA